GCUUCCCAGGGCACCGCGCGGCUGUUGGCUGGGACUGCGGGUCUGGUGCUCACUGCGGCUGGUCUUUGCUCCUCGUGGCUGACUCGAGCCUUAAACAGCCCGCAGACGGGGCAGCAGGAGCGGGUGGUACCCACCUGCCCCUCGGAGAAGGGCAUGAGAGCGCGCAGAUUUGAUGGGUCUCUGGCCACGGCGGGAGCUCCCAGGAUCUGAACUCAGAAUCUGACCUGAGCCGCCACGAAGUCGCUGCCCAGUGACGGACAGUUUCCGUGGAGUUUCUGUUCACCAGGUGACCUUGAGCGCGGGGCGACGCCCAGCUUGGUUACAGCUCCUGCUGCAGAUUUAUGUUUGCCGAGGAAGCACCAUGGUGUGUGCUGCCGUGCUGAUGCCUGGACGGUGGCGAGGCUGUGUCGGCGCCAUCAGCACUCUGGCUGCACCGUUGCGACUGCCAGCCAGCGCCUCGCGCCACCUCACUCUGACCAGCUUAAUGAAAUCUAAAAGGAAAAUGGAUCACUUGGAGAGAACUGCAAGUGUCGUGCGCCGGGAGGUGGUGUCGCCGGCGAGGGUGUGUGGAGCCGCCGCGGCGUCGCCCUCGGUGAGGAGCCUCCGCCUGCUCGUUGCCGAUCAAGAGUUCUCCUUUAAAGCCGGCCAGUGGGUUGAUUUCUUUAUCCCGGGUGUCCCUGUGGUUGGUGGGUUUUCAGUAUGCUCCAGUCCCAGACUGCUUGAACAAGAGAGGGUGAUAGAGCUGGCAGUGAAAUACGCAAACCACGCCCCUGCGCUCUGGGUUCACAAUCAGUGUGCACUUGAUUCUGAAGUGGCGGUGAGAGUGGGUGGAGAGUUCUUCUUUGACCCUCAGCCCACAGAUGCCUCCAGGAACCUCGUGUUGAUUGCAGGAGGGGUUGGAAUUAACCCCCUGCUUUCCAUCCUGCGGCAUGCAGCAGAUCUCCACCGAGAGUGUGCAGACAAAGGAACUGGGUAUGAGAUAGGAACAGUGAAACUAUUCUACAGUGCAAAAAACACCAGUGAACUCCUGUUCAAGAAAAAUAUCCUCAAUUUGGUAAAUGAAUUUCCUGGGAAGAUUGCAUGCAGUUUGCAUGUUACAAAACAGACUACGCAAAUCAGUGCAGAACUCAAGCCCUACAUCACGGAAGGAAGAAUAACGGAGGAGGAGCUAAGAGACCAUAUUUCCAGAGAGACUUUGUUCUACAUUUGCGGCCCACCUCCGAUGACGGACUUUUUCUCCAGGCACCUGGAAGAUAGCCACGUUCCCAGAGAACACAUUCGCUUUGAGAAGUGGUGGUAGGGCGCGUCCAGGCCUGCACGACAAGGAGUGACUGCUCUUUGCAAUUUCCAGUGUGGACAGAAGAAGAAAUUGGCACGGAAUGAAGCAAGGGAGAAGUUUGGUUUGAUGUAGGCAACUUGUGGACUGUAGUGCCGACUGAAUCCUGGAGUCAGGGCCCAAGAGAAGUGGUGGAACCAGUGCACACAGUAAACACACGGAGAGCACUUCCCUGCUGGGAUGUAGGGCGGACUUGACCGAGACAGGGGCCGGACCGAUUGUGCUCCUGCUUCAUAAAAAGGAAGCGCUUUGGACAGGCACAGCCUCAGGCUUCUGUGGACCAGACACUGGCGAGUUUGCUGACGGUUCUCUGACGAGGCUUUUGUUCUCUUCAUUGAAGAAUCAGCAGCGGAGGAGCCGCUCAGGAUCGAAAGUUCACAGGGUUCCGUCCCGGGAAGCAUUGCCGUGCUCACCCUGAGUGGUGAGAUCUGUUUCCUGCCAUCAUGAAGCCUUGUUUAGAGGUGGGAGAAAAAUCCAGAUCCAUGCUUGAUGUAAUGGAUGGCGACUAACAGUACCUUUAAAUAACAAGUUUGUUGUACUGCACAGUUAUAGCGUGAAAACCUCCAUUCACCAGUCAACUCUCAAGGGACCUUUUUAUUUUCAAAGACUUAUUUAUUUGAAAGUCAGAGAGAUCUUCCAUCUGCUGGUUCACUCUCCAGAUGGCUGCACUGGCCAGGGCUUGGCCAGGCUGAAGCCAGGAGUCAGUUUCUUCCAGGUGCAGGGGCUCAGACACUUGGGCCAUCUUCCACUGCUUUUCCCAGGCCAUCAGCAGGGAGCUGGAUUGGAAAUGGAGCAGCCGAGACACAAACUGACACCCAUGUGGGAUGCUGACGUCGCAGGCUGCGGCUUUGCCCACUACUCCACAACCAGCCCCUGACUCAUGUUUUAAACCAUCUCUGGAUGAAUGAAUCCCUUCAUCUCAUUUGCAAGAUGGCAGUCCCCGCAGCUGGCAGCCAGAGUGGUUCACUAGUGGCUCCUGGCUAAGGGCGUGGCUGUAACUGAGUCACCAUUAAAAGUCAUUUGGGGGCCAAACUCAGGCUCUGCCCCUCACGCCCAAGACAGUCCUCAUACCCCAUGCUUACCGAGGCGCCUCCCCACCACCUGCUGUUUCCCAGACUCCCCUCCUUCCAAGGAUUACAGACGGUUCACCAGGUCACGAGGAAGGUACUGAAGCUUCCACUUCAGCGACUGCUGGUGGGUGUUGAACCGGCCACUGUAGCCUUGAAGACGAGCGCGUGGUAGGUUCCAGAAAAGCUCUGAGCAGCAGCAGCGUCACUGGCAUGCUUGUUACACCGAGGAAUGCCUCCGCUCAGGACGGUGCUCAUCUGAUCCUGGAAGGCGGGGCGUGUCAGUACCUCCCUUACUCCCCAGGGUCCACGUGGAGCUGCGCCCAUGCCACUCUCAGGAUGUCUGUGCCCUAGUCUAAGGUGCAGGCCACCAGCACCCCCCACCUGCACUACAGCAUGGGCUGCUCGGUCCGUCUGUGCUCUCCCUGGGCCUGCGCACACCAUUCUCACUCAGCAAAGAGACAGCCUUCUGAAAUGCAAAUCCGAUGUUGUUUCCCCGCUUGAAACUGACCAGUGGUCACCCGUCCUCCUACACAAACACCAGAAUACCCGCCAGGGCUCCCAGGCCCCUACACGGUGCGGUCUUCAGCUCCCAGCACAGUGGUAAUGUCUGUGUAGUAAACGCUCCAUCCUUGGUGCCCGCGUAAACAGCAGCCGGCUGCCUCGGCCAGAGGGCGGGGCUGGGGAAGCAAGGGCAGGGUCCAGAGGGCUGGCAGUCUGCAGCCCCGGGGUUCGCGCUCACUGUGGUCACAGAAGCAGGCGACAGCCAACUCAGAAUCCCAGCGAGGCUUGUUGGGUCUUGUCCUCGUAGCUCAGGGCUCCAGUCUUCCCUGUUCCAAACUCUGGGAGCCAGGUACAGGCUACACAGGCGAUCCUGAAGCUGCAUCCAUCCUUGUGUCGGGUUCGUGCGAGGGGCCGGAGCCAUGCACUGGAGGCCUGCCGUGCCCUGCGUGCACAGGGCCUCCCAGCACUGCCUUCAGGGGCCCCAGCGGCAACCAGGAGUCGGUGCUGAACUUCCGCUGCACCUGUACGCCCACCCUCCUCAUCCUUUCCCCUUGCCAACCCUUUCACAGCCUCCUCGAGAGCCCCAGCAGAGCAGCACGGUGCCCCCGCACUGGGUGUGGCUCAGAUCGGCCGGGCUGCUGGAGUGGCGAGAUUCCCUCCCGACAGGCACCGCCACAGCCAGAGCUGUGCUCCCCAGACGGUCUCUGGUUUAGAUCAGGCCACGAGUAAAGAUGCCGAGAGACUGACAAAGUGCAUUUUGUAAGAAAUAAGUCAGAACAAGCUGGGGCUUUGUUCAGUUUCGUUUUUCCUUGAAGCUGCUCCCAUCAAGCGUCGUCAACCCAGGUGAAGUCUGAUCAGUUUGGAGACUGGAAAAAACAGGCGAGGAUUCACCUCAACUCUGCCUUGUGUUCCACAGAGACCUGUACUCAGGAAAGGAAGACCCCCUAAGUGUCACUGUAGUGUGUAGUUAAGAUGGGCUGUUCUGUGCCCCAUGAACAGAUACACCUGCGCGCCUCUGGCACGGCACAGCAAAGGCUUAACACCCACGUCGCGCUCCAUCUUCCCCACCCCGAGGCUGCUGGAGGCACAGGUCAGGUCCAGAGGUGGCUUCCAGCACAUCUGCGCGGGCCCCUUGGCCUCAAGCCGCAGGUGGGCAGGCACUGCAGAAGCCCUGGUGUUGGUGAGCACCGCCAGGCAUCCACUCGUGACUCACUGCUACCCCUAGUGCUGGCCGCGGGCCAGGCACUCUACCCCUGUCUUCUCACUGCCCACAGAAAUGUUUCUGCUAGUUCAUGCCCCAAAUGUCCACAGUAGGCUGAAGCCAGGAGCUCCAUCCUGGUUUUCCACGUGGGUGGCAGGAACCAAAGCACUUGGGCCAUUAUCUGCUGCUUCCCAGGGUGUACAUUAGCAGGAGCCUGGACUCCAUCCCCAGGCCCUCCGCUAUGGGAGCCAGGCGUCCCAAGCGGUGGCUUAACCUGCUGAUCACCCCAUCACACACCCAUCCACAAUAACCUGAUGAGGCGCCUGCCGUUAACUCCAGUCCACACCUGAGCCUGGUGUCAGGAGACGCGGAGAGAUGAAUCUGAAGCCGUAUGAGUAGACUGUGUACAGUUCGUGUCCUAACCGGCUCCGUCCAAUUCCAAAGACCCACCAGGCUUUUCCACUGCACCGAGCCCGGCGUCAGUCAGCAAUACUGCUUCAUUUACAUAGGCCUCCGCAGGCUCUCCGUAUGUCAGUUCUGUGACCUUGUGGCAUGGCUGUGUGCCCUCGGAAGCAUCACCUGCCUUUGCAUUUGAUGAGGCCUCCUCCUCCCCUUACUGCUCAGUGAGCGAUGCUAAGCCCCGCCCACUGUUCUCUCCAGCCUUGGAGGUGAAGAUGCUCUCCUAGGGGGAACGGGAACUCAGCCACAGCUUCCCAGGCGUCGUCAGCCCCAGCAUUCCUCGCUCCUGGCACCGCCACUCUGUGACAGCUGCAGCCCCAAAGAUUGUCUCCCACGCACACAAGUUGCCUCCUGCCAAACACUGCAAGUCUUUGCAGGUUUUACUGCUUAUUGGGGCCUCGUCAUUGCAAACAAAGGCUUUUUCCACUAUGGGCAAAUCACAGUAGUGCACACUAGAAAUGCACACUCAAGGGGUAGGUGUUGUCGUGCAGCGGGUCAAGCCACGGCUUGGGACACCCACACCCCAUAUCCAAGCCCCUGGGAUCAAGUCCCGCUGCCACCUCUGCCCUCAGCCAGCUUCCUGCUAAGACAUCUGGGAGUCCGCAGGCGAUGGCUCCCACGCGGAGUCCCUGCCACCCAGCUGAGUCCUGGCUCUGGCCCGGCCCAGCUGCAGAGAUCUGGAGAGUGAACCAGAGGAUGGGAGACCUGUCUCCGCCUGUCAUUCUGCUUUCAAAUAAAUAAAAGUAAACACCCCCCCCCCCUUUUUUUUAAAUGCACAUGCAAGAUGUUGGGAUUGGGUUUUAGGUCCUUGGUUAUCUGCUACUUGUAAACGGUAGCUCUUUUCACAGGGAACAAGCUGUGAUUCCACUCCUAAAGGAGAGUCCGAUGGCUAGUGGUUCUCCAGACUGGCCGUCCCCUGGAAUGUCCCUGGAGCUUUGAGACCCCGGCGCUUACGUACGUAGCGGAGUCGGACCUAGCAACUAAGGCUCCAGCUAAGAUGCCCGCAGCCCACAUUGAAGAGCCUGGGCUCUGGCGCCCGACUCCAGCUUCCUGCUAACGCACACCCUGGGAGGCAGCAGAUGAUGGCUCGAAUAACUUGGUUCCUGCUGUCUACAUGGCAAGACCUGGGCUGAAUUCCUGGCUCCUGGCCACCACAGGCAUCAGGGAGUGAGCCGGCCAAUGGGCGCUCUGCCCUCCCUUCCCUACCCCCAUACCUCUCAAAAGAAACAAGUCCUGAUGCCUGGUCACUCCUCAUUCCUUCACAGGCUCUGGGGGUAGGACCUUGGGCAUUAGAAUUUUUUUGAAGUUUCCCUCAGUGACUCCAGGGGGCAGCUAAUUUGAGAACCUCCACCAUGGCCUGAUAUUUUGCUAGAAUCUCCAGGGGUGCAGAGAAGCAAGGGAGAAAAAAAAACAAGACCUUCAGGAAUGUUAGACUGAGACUAUGACCAGAUUCCCUGAGGGAUGCGAAUCAGCUACAGUCACCUGUAAGCUUUUUUCCCUACAGCAAAUAAAACCAGUGUAAAUGUCACUUAAUUAUUGAAAACUGUGCCCCAAGCGGAGGGGUGUAAGCUCCUCCAGCUGGGGUUGUAUACAGUACUUUUCCAGCUAUUGCUAACAAAAUUUUUUUUAAAGUUUUGUGGGUUGUUUUUGUUUGUUUAAAAAGGGUGAUGGGGGCUGGCGCUGUGGCAUAGGAGGCUGAGCCUCCACCUGCAGCACUGGCAUCCCAUAUGGGUACCGGUUCAUGUCCUGGCUGCCCCUCUUCUGAUCCAGCUCUCUGCUAUGGCCUGGGAAAGCAGUGGAAGAUGGCCCAAGUCCUUGGGCCCCUGCACCUACGUGGGAGACCCAGAAGAAGCUCUUGCCUUCGGACUGGCCCAGCUCUAGCCAUUGUGGCCACUUGAGGAAUGAGCCAGUGGAUGGAAGACCUUUCUGUCUCUCCCUCUCAAAUAAAUAAAUAAAUAAAAUCUUUAAAAAAAAAAAAAAAAAGGUGGUAAAUCUUUCAUCCAGUGAUUAUCUCCCUGAAUGCCAGCCAGAGUCCGGGCUGGGCCAGAACCCCAUCCUGGUCUCCCACCUGGGAGGCAGGGACCCAAUUACUUGAGCUGCCUCCAGGGUGCGUGUUAGGAAACUGGAUGAGAAGCAAGGCAGGACUGGAGUUAAGGCGCUGUAAGGGGUGUGGGCAUCCAAGUGCCCCCAACACCCACCCCUGGCGUAUUUUUUAAAGGCAUAUGUGCCAAGAGAGUUCUUCCUAAAUAAAAAUGCAGUCUGGAUAUUAAGCCCAGCGUACAGUUGUGGAAGAUGGCCCUUCACAAUAGUUUCUUUUCUUUGAACCUGGGGCCUUCUAACCUUGUAAGCUCUGAGGGUUGGAAGGCCGAGUUCAUCAAGAGGUAAGGACCGUGUAAUGUGGCUGUACAGGGUCUUCAAGUUCUCUUGAAUGUGUCACGAACAUGCCUUUAAUAAAGUUGCCAACAAACAGACCUGCCUCCUUGAGGAGUUCACUUGGAAGCUUGGAAACAGGCUCAGAAACGGACGCUGGGGUUUUGCCUGUCUGCCUCCUGGGGCCUGGGAGGUGCCGGUCGGGGCCCCUUCCCUUCCCGGUGGCAUCCGAAUUCUCUGCACAGCUCACAGAGUCCCGCGCUGCCAGGACUCAGAAGCUCACCAACAGCGCCCACGGAUCGGGGGCGGAGUCUGCUCAUCAGGCCAGGCUGUGUGUCGUGGCACAGUAAACACUCAUCACACACGAGGCACUAAACUCACGGAUGAUUUAUUGCUU